AUGCCCGUGGUGCUCCUGCUCCUGCUGCCCCGGGACGGCCAAGGUCAAGGUGAGCGGCAGUGUUCCACGACCUUUCACGUGUGGCAGGCGGGUCACGACGCCCAGCAGAUGAUCAAGGACGUGUAUUUGAAGAUUGACAACAUCACUGCUCACACGAAAUUUGAGAUUGCCGAGAUCAAAUCCCAGCUGGCACAGGAAACGAGCCGGAUCUACAACUGGACAUACGCCGUGGACAAGCGUGUCUUCCAGCUGCAGAUUGACAAGAUGGACGAGGAGCUGGUGCAGGUGAAGAACAUGGCGAGCUACUACAAGAUGCAGACACAGGUGGAGCAAAUCGGCAGGCGCGUGGAUGACCUUGAGAGCUGGAUGUACAGCGUGCGCAACAAGCUGCGCAGUGGACGAAGCAGCAGUGGAGCAGACGAGAACAUCCCUCAACAGCAGGGCAUCACCACUGACAUGGGCGCCAUGUUGAAGAACAGUGUCGGUGACCUAAAGGCCGAGUGGAUUCUGCUGAAACGGGAACUUGAGUCAGUCAAAAAAGAAGGCUUGGUGGCCAUUGACGGCCAGAGGGAACUCAGGAACGAGACGGCCAAGUUGAAGGCCGGUAUGGAGGAAACCGCCACAGCAUCCAGGCAGAUGGAAAUGAAGGUGUUGACUAUAGUGGACCAGCAGAGCCGGGUGGAUAAUAAAAUCAAUAAGCUGAUCACUGACACUGACCACAUCAAGUUUCAAAUGGAGCAACAUAAGUUGGAGCACAGGCAACAGCAGGUCGGCAUGAUCUCCCUCCAGUCCACGACGGCUGCCUUAAGGAAGGAUCUCCAGGAUGUGACGGCAAAGCUGACCCUGAUCAACAUCACCAGAACGGCGGAUCUUUUGAGACAGCAGGGGGACGGCGGGUACAGCCACGGAGGGGGCAGGAACAGGGAGGGUGGGGCGGGAGGGACGAGUAAGGACGGGCGUACGGAGCAGUCCAUCCCGAGAGACUGUCAUGACGUCUACACAUCCGGGUACCGUGUGAGUUCAGUGUACCAGAUCCUCCCUGAACACAGCCGCUUUCAGGUGCCAGUCUACUGCGAGAUGAUCAACAACACAGGGUACACAGUUAUCCAGAGACGCAUUGACGGCACGCUCAACUUCAACAGACGGUGGUCGGAAUACAAACAGGGGUUCGGUAAUCCGUACGGCGAGUUGUGGGCCGGAAAUGAACUUAUCCACCUUCUGACCCGGCAGAAACACUACACCCUGCGGCUGGAUAUGUGGGACUGGGAGGGAAUACAGUACUACGCCGAGUAUUCCAAGUUCUUUGUCGAGGACGAGAGUGAGAACUACAAGCUGGUGGUGGGUGAGUACAAGGGCACGGCCGGCGACUCGCUCAUCUACCACAACAAGAUGGCCUUCAGCACAGAGGACGUGGACAACGAUCUGCACGAGAGGCAUUGCGCGGCGGAGAAUAAGGGCGGCUGGUGGUACAGUAAAUGUUUCCUCAGCCAACUCAACAGCCUGUACCACACAGCGUGGUACUCCCAGUCCCAGUCCCGAUACGCCGACGGUGUGGUCUGGUUCACCAUCAAAGACAGCGAAUUCUAUUCCUUGAAACGGGUCGAGAUGAAGUUAAAACCAAAUUACCUCCCUGCAGACAACUGACAAUGUCAGCAACUUUUUAUUGUUAACUAUAAAUGGACAGGGAGACAACCAUGAUAAAGAAGUCACCGCAAGAUGAAGUAGAGAAAAAGCUUGCGGAUAGCAGA